CCACACAGAAACCCAGAAGAAGUUGCACCAAGUGAGAUAUAUUCAGCAGUGCAAGAGCAUUAUAUAGACAUAGACAUAGCUUCUUCACCAAAUAUGUUGGAUAGAGUUAACCAAGCUAUUAUUAAAUCAGCAAAGCAAAAUCUUCCAAAUAAGAAAAUCAGACCUUCAAAGAGAGCUGUUAGGAAAAAAAAAAAGAAAAACUUGUGGUUGAUAGCUACACAGAAUUUGGAAAAGAUUAUAAGAGAUAUUAAAAGAGCAAAAAAUCUACCUAAUAGCAGCUCAGUUUUGCAAUGGAACAGAGAUUUGGAGAAAAUAAACAAGUUGACAG